CCUGACGCGUCUAGACCGUCUGCCCACCCUCCAACCUUUCCCUGGUUUCUCUGGAGCUUGUGUCAUCUUGUCUUUCCAUGUUUAAGCUUAUAAUGACUGCCCAAUCUUUGUUCCCAUCGAUCGCGUGUCGAUGACGAUGACGGGGGUGGCCCUCUUACCCGUGUGUCUUUUUUUCUGACAGCUCUCGUCGCCUUGCAGAUGGGUUGGUAAAACCACUCGACAUGAAUGCCUGGCUAGCCGACGCCUCGAACCUUCCGAACCAUGACAAUGGUGCUUUCCACCAGGCGACCAUUGAUCCUUCUGCGGCAUUCCUCCACACCUCUCCCACUCCCGACCCUACCCAGUACCAGCGCAUGUUCAAUGGCGUGCCGCGAAAUGCCUCGCCUGGUUUCCACAACCCGAACCAGGUGAUUCCUUCCAAACGGCCUCGGCCAGAGGAUGGAAUUUCAAUGUCGCCUAGGCAAGCACCGGGCGGGAUCGCCGCAUCCCGAUCACAAACUCCUCAUCAAGUGCCAUUUCCAGGGUAUCAAGGAGCUCCGAAUGGCGCGCCUCAGUAUCCCCCGCAUCCAACCCCGUACCAGCAUCUCCAACAAGGAGCUUCUCCCAGUGUCACCCAGUCUCCGAUAAUGCAGGAGUUCGACCAACACGGCGUACAGCGAAUGGGAACAGCUUCUCCUAGUCCGUUUUCCCCAGCAGGUCCUCCAGUAGGCUCCCACAUGUCCCCUUCGCAGUCAGAUCAUCCGAGUAGGGUGAAUACUCCGCAAAAUAACGCGUUCAUGCCCGGUCAACCCUUCCCCCAGGCCAUGGGCCCCCAAUUCUCGCCCGCGCCUGCAAUGACGUCUGCCGCCGUACAAGCGCCAAUGCAGGCCCACUACGGCGGUAUACCGCAGGGCUAUCAGCAAGCGAUAGCUGCUCAGCAGCAGCAACAGCGAAUGCAUGCUAUGCAGAUGCAAAACCAAGGGCGUCCGAUGGGUAUGAAUCCAGCUAUGGCUGGGCGACCGGUGGCUGCUGGCAUGAAUGCGAUGGCAAAUCCUCAACAGAUGGCAGCUAUCAGACAAAUGCAACAGACCAUGGCUAAACCACCUAACCCAGAGGGGUUCAUGAGAUCGUUGCAGAAAUUCAUGAUGUCGCGCAAUUUGCCAUUGGAUCCCAGUCCCAUCGUCUGCGGUCGCCCUAUCAACCUAGUCCAGCUCUAUGCAACGGUCAUGAAACUUGGUGGAUCGAAGAAGAUUGCUGCGACAAAUAUGUGGCCCGUCAUUGCGCAGCAGCUUUCGUUUCCACAAAUGCAGCUUCCGAUGGCCGUGCAGGAGAUUCGCGAGCACUAUCAGCGGAACCUCGCUGCAUACGAACAGGCUUUCCUCAAUACACAACAGAAACAGUUUGCGGAACAAAUGCAACAGGCGCCGCUGCCGCGACAACCCAGCGAUCCAUCUGGCAUGCAGUUCCAAUCUCCAGCCGUCAAGCCGGGCCCGGGUUUCGAGACUCCCCAACAGAUGGGACACCCGUCACCUAGUGCUGCGCCUACGCCAGGCGCUGUACAUCACAGUGCGUCAAAUGGAUUUGCGACGCCCACGCCGGUCAAGACCCAAAGCAAACCUCAAAAUCAACACCGUCUCAGCAUUUCUCGCCAGUCACAGCCCCCAGCAACACCACAUGACCCAACCGGUCAAAUACCAGGCCAAUCGCCUGCGCAGCCCGGCAAAGCCCCGGGUCCCAUGCCUGGGAAACCCUCAGAGCAGUUGGAACAGUCAUCAAACCAGCCUCUGAAGCACCAGAUCGAGGAUACUUUCAAACCUAUGGUCCUACCUCCAAGCAAUCUGCAUGGUCCGAUAGCCGUUGAUGAAAUGUAUCAGAUUGGAGAUGACAUUGCGAGAUUUAAGCCAAACGUUCCCACGUUUGCUGAGCUGGGUGUCAUCGACAUCCACGCACUCACGAUGAGUAUUAAGUCCGGGAUACAUGCGGAGAUGCGCAUGGCUCUGGAUACUCUGACAUCUAUUUCUUCCGAGCCAGCGAUCCAGAUUUCGUUAGAGAAUUGUGAAGAUCUGGUGGAGAGUUUGAUAGAAUGCGCCGAGGAUCAAUCGGAGUUCCUUGCGGAGCAUACAGUUGAAGUUUCGGAUAUGAUGCUUCUAUCCUCAUACGAGGAAGUAACUCGAGGAUGUCAGUCAGAGUGGACAUCCUUGGCGGACAUUCCAGAAUUUGGAAGCAUCGACUAUGAGCUAGAUCGUGCCGUCGACCGACUCAUCUGCAUCACUACUAUUUUGCGCAAUUUUUCGUUUAUCGAGUCCAAUUUCGGGAUCCUGUCCACGCCCCCGGUCGUUCAAUUUAUGUCUACCAUUAUCCGCUAUCUCGGCACUCGCAAUAUGCUAUUACGGACGCAUCAGAACACCCUGGAUUUCAUGAAGGAUACGGUUAUUUACUUGAGUAAUGUGGCCCACUUCAUCCACCUACCGAGUAAAGAAGACGCUCUCUGUCUUUUACAUUUCCUUUUGUCGUUCGCGCCGUUUCCAUCACCCACCGUGGGCGUGGAAGGAAUCAUGUUCACGUCAUACAACCCCUCUGUCCAUAAAUACACACCUGCAGCGGUUGAUGGCUUGGCCAAGCUUUUGAUGCGGGAUGAGCCCAACCGGACAUUUUUCAGGGCGAUCUUUUCUGGCGACGGUAGUUCCGUCCAGCAGGAGCUGCUUACCCGGGCUUUUGGACUCGCGAUUUGCCCGGUUCCUGAUCAGCUCCGCAAACCCUUGGCCAUAGCGGAUGCCCGCAAGGUCUUCCUAAUGCAAGGCCUCCUGGCUGCAGACAUUCUGUCAGGGUUUUCCGAUGGCCCUACUUCCAAGCUAUGGCUGGAGUCCACUGAUGGGUUUGCCAUCCAUCUUCUUCGCCUUUCCUGCCUCCUGAGCAUGGAUCGAGUCCCUCCGCCCACCACCAACUCACGCCAGUCCCACGCCGCCAGGGGCCAAGCGGAAGCGGAGGCGUCUGCGUACAGCUCGAUAAUCAAUCGAGGCCUGGCAAUUCUCCGCCGACUAGCUGAGAAAUCGAAACUUGCGGACUCCAGUUCGACAUUGCAUUUCCCGUCGGGGAUUAUCCCCCGGAAAGAAAACCUGCUCGGCGCACUGUUGAUGCCGAACAUAGAUCCGGGGGUUGUUCGGCAGCUGAUAACAUAUGCACGACUUGCGGAAUGAUAGCGGUAUAACUUCUGGAUGGUUGGAUUCUGAGCUGUUUCUAGCGAAGGCAAAAGGGCUUGGUCGCGCUUUGAAUGUGCCUUUUUAUUUCCUCUCUGUUUUCUUUUUCCCCUGCCAUGUCUUCUAUUCGUCUUGAGUAAACUACUAUCUUAUAUCUCAUUCUCCUUUUUUUUUUACUUGCUUGGCGCCGGUGGGAAGAUUAUCGAGAGGCGUGACAAAUGUGUAUCUCUGUGCUUUACCGCUGUACAAUGUUC